UUGCUCCCCACAGCAACACAGCCAGGCAGUCAGACUGCGUGUGGAAGUCGAGCGGUGUGGCAGAGCAGCGGCGCGAAAGUGCAAAAAGAGUGAGACAGCGAGAGAAAGAAAGAAAGAAAGAAAGAGAGGCACAGAGCAAUGGAGAUGGAGGAAAGCUUUGAUGCAGAGGGCAGUUUUGAUGAUGCCUCCUGUCUGUCCCCUCAGAGCCCAGGGUCCACCUCCCCGGCCAGGAGGCAGAAUAAGGAGAAGGAGAUCAAGGAGACCAAAAUCACUAUCAACUGCGUCACCUUCCCUGUGCCCACGUCUGCGCCGGAGCAGCAGCUUCUCAAGCCCAGUGAAUGGAGCUACUGCGACUAUUUCUGGGCCGAUAAGAGGGACCCUCAGGGGGCCACAGUGUCAGGGUUUGAGGUGCUGCUGCAGAAACAGCUGAAGGGGAAGCAGAUGCAGAAAGAGAUGGCAGAGUUCAUCAGAGAAAGGAUAAAAAUCGAAGAGGAAUAUGCCAAGAACCUUUCCAAACUCUCCAUGUUCCCAAUGGCAGCGCAAGAGGAAGGGACUCUUGGAGAAGCUUGGGCCCAACUGAAGAAGAGUCUAGCUGAUGAAGCCGAGGUCCAUCUCAAGUUCUCCUCAAAGCUCCAGAGUGAAGUCGAGAAGCCUUUACUGACCUUCAGAGGAGACAACUUUAAAAAAGACAUGAAGAAAUACGACCACCACAUCGCUGACCUGAGGAAGCAGCUGGUCAGCCGUUAUGCUGCUGUGGAGAAGCUAGGUGAUGAUCUGAUGCGCUGUGUGGACCUUUACAAUCAGGCUCAGUCAAAGUGGUUUGAGGAGAUGGUCACCACAAGCCUGGAGUUGGAGAGGUUGGAGGUGGAGCGGGUAGAGACAAUACAGCAGCUUCUGCGUCAGUACACCACACUGCGGCAUGAGACAGACAUGUUCAAUCAAAGUACGAUGGAGCCGGUGGACCAGCUCCUGCAGAGUGUGGAUCCUGCCAAAGACAGAGAGCUCUGGGUAAAGGAACACAAGACGGGGGAUCUGAGACCUGUGGACAUGGACAUCUAGACAAAACACACACACACACACACACACACACACACACGCAUCAUACUAUAUGAAUCUACCUGCAUGCCUGUCUACCUGAGUACUUCAACCUCUCAGCCAAAGCCAUACAGGUAUCACCCCUUGAAGCACUGCUUGUUUUGUGGAUUUCCACUGAAAAUAUUAGAUAAUUACAAAUUCAAAGCUUUAUAGAAGAUUUUUCUUAAUGUGGAAGGAGUGGAGGGAAAGGAAAGCAGACGCAUUAUGAUACUGAGUAGCCAUCCAUAUAAUCCUGCAUGUCCUUUUAAUAAGAUGCUACUUAAGACUUUCCGGUAUGUCUAUUAUACAUUAACAUGAUUCAAGUAGUCGAGGCACCAUUGAUAUAGAUCUGAACAAACACUGUACAGUAAAACACCUCUUUGUUUAUUUGCCGCAGUGGAUGCCUGUUAAACAAGUUUCAUCCAAUCAAUUUUUUUAUCUUUUUGGUGUUGAAAUAGUGUACGCACAUUGAACUACACUCUAAAAAAAUGCUGGGUUAAAUACAACCCAGGGCUGGGUAAAAUUGGGAC